GCAGUUUGCGCCUUUGCGGUGGGGAAUGCGGAUCGGAAUUUGGAUUGAUGACAUGAGUCUUGUCUUGAUUUUAUAUUAACAAAUUAAUCUACAUUCAUAUUAAUAUUGCUCUUUCAUCUUUGAUAGUAAAUUAUCCUUCAUGAUUGAUUACAAAUAUGGAUGCAACAAUGAAGAAUAGUUCUGCUGUCAUUGAACAACUUCUCCAGUCAACACAUGAAGAAGCAUUAGCCCGAAAUGAGGCACAGGAAGAGAAAUGGAGAGCUUAUUCGGCGGAGAACGAAGACCUGUGUUCGCGACUGCUGACUCUUCGAGACAAGUUGAAGCACGACGUGAUGGUGCCUGUGGGCCGGAAGGCACUCUUCAGAGGCCAACUGGUGCACACCAACGAGAUUAUGGUCUGUUUGGGCGACGGAUGGUUCGUCAAGAAAUCGGCGGCCGAAGCUGUUGAUGUGUGCCGGCGGAAAAUGAAAGAGUGUGAUGAAAUGCUUGAACGUUUGAGAAAAGAGCGAGAAUUAUUAGAAUCUAGGAAAACGUUUCCGAUUCAAAACGACGUUUUCGGUGGCCGAGAUGAAAUCAUUGAACCUUUCAAUGAAGAGGAGGAGAGCAAAUGGAGAGAGAAACACAAAGAAAGUCUGAAGAGGUACAGAAGAGAUUUGAAAGCAGAAAGAGAACGAAGGAAAGAAGAGGAGGCGAGAAGCAGAGACUCCAACAAAGAUCUUUUCAAGAUUCUUGAUGGUCUUGAAUGUCAGGAGGAGAAUGAUGAUGAACUUAAUAAGCUUGUUGAAGAUGAAGACAGGCAAGGUUUAUUGAGAAGCAUGUAAAACAGGAGCUGAAUCGCAGAAAAGCAAAUCAAUCGGAUAAUAGGGAAGAUAACAAUGCAAGAUCUCACACUAUAUCGUUAGGAAAUGGGGUGAAAAACAUUGAAAUA